GAGGUUCGUUGCUGCUGUAAGGGUGUCUUCUGCCUUGCCGAUGGAGAUGGCAGCGGCUUAUCGAAUAUCAUUCUCUGGAAUCCAGCAACGGCGCAGACGAAGCUUCUGCCGAUUUCAACUUUGGGUGGGAAUGCGUAUGCCCGGAGGCGUGAGGCGAUCGGGUUUGGUUUCGACCCCGAAAAGAAUGACUACAAAGUCGUUCGGACUCUGCUUUGCUUUACCGCUGAUGAGGACAUCGAUGAAUUUAGUGAGGUCUACAGCCUUAAAAAUGAUUCAUGGAGGAUUCUUGCAAUUCAAAAGGCUCAUAGUUAUCCUCACACACUCCAUUACUCGGUGCCAUCUGAUGAUGGUAGAUUCUGCUACUGGUGGGGACCAAAGCUGGAGUUCACUUCGUUUGAUAUGAGGAGUGAACAGUUUGAGGAUGUACAUCUAAUAUAUCCUGAUGCAUCGAUGCAGACAGCCUUCUCCGUGAGAUCCGUUUCCUUGGUCAAAGGCUCAACCGUUGUCAUAUUUUCCGACGACAGUAUUGAUCGUCUUGCACCCAAUGAGUUGCAGACAUGGGUGACAUUGGAUUUUGAAGAUAUAAACGGCGGCUUGACAAUGUUGUCCACCAUUAAGAGCACCAAGCUGAAUAAGUGCAUGCAUCCGGUGGGAAUAUGGAAGGACAAGAGGUGUUUCCUCCAGAGAUAUGAUGAUGGACAGCUCGUGGUCGUCGAUCUUGAAAAAGGAGAAGUCCUUCCCAUUGAACUUCAGAUUCAAGGAGAUUGGGAAUCAUUCAAAAUCUUCCAUUAUACUCCAUGUGAAGUUUCGUUGGAGUAG